GCGAGCGCCUCUGGUUUCCUGAGAGCUGUCUCACUCUGAUCUAACGCACUACUGUGUUCACUGUGUUCGGCCAAGGCAAACUGAUUGCAGUGAUGGGGGAUGAAGACACCUGCACCGGGUUCCUGCUGGUAGGAGUUGGAGAGCUCAACCAACACCGCACACCCAAUUUCCUGGUGGUGGAAAAGGACACCAGCGUCAUAGAGAUAGAGCAGAUGUUUAAGAAUCUCCUGACUCGCAGUGAUAUCGGGAUCAUCCUCAUCAACCAGUUCAUCGCUGAGAUGAUCCGACAUGUGAUUGAUGCCCACACGCAGUCCAUCCCCGCUGUCCUGGAGAUCCCCUCUAAAGAACACCCUUACGAUGCCUCCAGAGACUCGGUCCUGCGCAGGGCUAAAGGCAUGUUCUCCUCAGAGGACUUCAGAUAAAGAGCCAUGGACUGCUCGGGAUUCACAGGGGUUGUUUAUCUAUCACACACACUUUUACAGAAUAUACAGUGCAUUGAAGCCUGACUGU